AUGUCGUUUUUCUCGUUUUUCCCCGUGCGAAUCUUGCUAUGGUUUGUGGCCAGAGUGGCACUGAGCAGACUGUGCUUUGACAGCCGGCCUGAGUUGAAAGACUUAAUCGACGCAGCUGGCAAUUCUUAUCCCAUAGGGAUUUGGGUCAAUGACUGGGCUACUGGUCAUCUCACUGCCAGAGUAGUACAAAUCGUGAUUAAGGAGAAGUUGGGCUACAACGUGGAGCUGAAGGGUCCUGGCGCCUUGACCCUGGACGGUUUCUUCGCCUUGACAGGAUGCACAUCGCCCGGCGACCCAACGGACCAUGGCUGUGGAGAUCCUGUAGAUCGUGUCACCGACGUCCACAUCAACGUGGAGGUUUGGACAUCGUUUUACCAACUCGUUUGGGACGAGCUUCAACGGAAAUAUCCAGACAGGGCUCCCAGGAAUCUCGGGAAUAUGGGUUACUAUGGAUCAACAGCAUUUUACGUUCCAUCAGGAGUUCAAGAAAGAGCAUAUGAUGCUGAAGGUAUCAACUUGGACUUCUACCGAGACUACAACUCUUCAAGGGAGAAUCCAGGUAGACAUUUUGCGAACCCUGGUGAUAUCAACGUGUCUUACUUGCUUCCAUGCACCGAGACCGCGUUGAUGUUGAAUGAGGUGAUGAGCAACUACUUGGACCUCACAGGUGAUUUGGAAGGUGUCAGUGGCACAGCACCUGACUUGACCGGCAAGUGCUACGACGCAUAUUUUUGGCUUGCCCCUGGGUGCAGAACACAGCCAUCAACUUGCCUGAUUUGGUUCACCGGUGGCAAUGGAUGGGGCAUGUUUGAAUUGCUUCUGAAAGCAACAGCGUACAACAUGCCUGUGGCGACGGCAGUGGCAUCGAGCUUUGCGAACUAUGGCUUGGUGCCCAAUUCCUAUGAUGUGAUGCUGUACUGGUGGGCGCUGCUGGGGCCGCUGGGGAACUUGGAUUGGUCUAAUCAGGUCUUGGCAGGAUCCUGUGAAUCGAUGUGA